AUGGCUGAGAAUACUGGAUUUGUUGCCGAUGACGCGGAAGACAAAAAAUCCGAUGUCAAUGAUAGAAAAAGGUCCGUGGAUAUUGGAACAUCAACGACCCAGAUCAUUAUAGACAAUGAUCCACCAGCUCGCCCUCAUGAUUGCUGGAGUGUAACAUGCGAUUUGUUUGGGACUCGCCAAUCCACCUUCAUUGAGAGGCUUCGCCCGCUAAGGUGUUCUCUAAUCAAGAUGCAAGAAGCAUUAAGAAUAUUCCAGUAUGAGUUAGAACGCGAUCUGAAAUCAAGACAGUCAGCCCAAUUGACAUAUGAGCAUGUGAAAGACUGUGUGCUUGAGAUAAACAAUGUUACAAUGCAUUCCGAUUUGAAUAUACCGCCUGAUGAAAAUUCGAUGCUUCGCGCGGUUGCCUACGAAUUGGCAGUGCUUGCGAGAAUAAUAGAGGAAGUUGCGAUUUUGGCAAAACCUGAUGCAAAGCCGCGAAGGACCGAAUCGGAUCUUCUACAGCAGACGUUGAGAAUUUCGCAGUCAGUAGUUCGGGUCAAAGAAUCGGGCGAGGAAAUUCGAGAUGAAGGAACGAGCAAUCAAGUUCCAGCAGUCGAUGAGGGCUCGCUAAAAGAGUUCAUCACAAAAUUAUUAGGAAUGGUUGAGAACUUGAUAAAAUACAUCGACAAAAAGACGGAGCGUCGAUGGUGGCUACGUGACGUCAUCAAUUUCACACAAGCCGCCGUUAAAGUUGCGUUAUUCAUCAGUGCCGCCAUCUCUGUGGCUUAUCAUGAGAAUCAAAUCGCACCGAUUGUGACUCUAAUUAUAACAUGCAUACAGGGUAUCACUGAAGGAUUCGAUCAAUAUUUUUUAAAGAACAAAUCGCCUGACGAAAUUCACAUCUCGGCAUUAACGACAGCGACAACAUCUUUAAAAACGGCGUUGUAG